AUGGUCAGUGACGAGAUGGAGAAAUGGUCCGAAAAGCUUUUCCUGAUCAUUGACGACGAUCAGACGUGGCCCGACUGGCCGUCGGAGGAAAAGCGCAGGCAGGAAAAGCGCUGGAAGACUGCAUCCAAGGUGCUUGCGACAUUGUUCGGCCCCCGGGUCGUUGCUGAGAUUGCGACCCAAGACAAGGUUUGCAAGCAUUUCAUCGCCGACGACGAUGUCUUCUAUCAAAUGUCUCGGGGACUGGAGGAAUGGCACCGGAUCAGUGGAGCUUCUUGGAUGGAGCAGAAAUACGUGGUUGAGAGAUUCCUCACCAUCUGUCAGCGGCUCUUUGAUGAUCGGUGCGAUGAGUGGGGCCACCCAUCCAGCUGGAGUGCCUGGGUCGCCGUGUUGGGCGAAUUCCUGAAAGGUCGCGCCAUACCGGAGAGUGGCACGUCACAGCAUUCGCCAGAUGACGAGCGCUUCCUCCGUGCAAUCGACCUACAGCUGCUCAAGGUUUGGCAAACCUUCCGAUACAGCGACAAGUUCCGUUCCAAGCAAUUCGGGACGGUCCUGGAGCAGUUCGUCUACUCCCUGUCGCUGUUUUUCCGCGACACGGGCCUUCGCGACGAUUGGACGGAGGAGCUCAGGGGGGUGCAAGACGUCAUCAGGCAGUUCAUCGAGAUCCUCGACGGCAUUGUCAGCGCGGGAGAAUGA